AUGGAAAUCAACUCGAAGUUUCAUUUAAUUCCAACUGAAAUACGACAAGAAAUAUUUGAAAAUUUAGACAAAGAAUAUUUAUUCCAAUGUUUAAUGGUCAAUCGACAAUGGUGCCGUGAUAUAGUAACGAUUCUUUGGAGAUCGCCAUUACAAGAUUAUAAGUCAUCAUGCGAAGUAAAAAGGAUUAUAAGCGUUUAUGUUGGGAUUUUCUCAAAGGAAACAUGGGAUUAUCUUCGCAUGAAUGGAGUUAGUCGCCCACGUAAUGUCAGUACUCCUAUUUUCAACUAUGCGUCGUUUUUAGAACAUUAUGAACCGCAUUCAUUAUUAUUGGGAGCGGGAAUAUGGUUAAAACAAAGAGCUUAUAAUCCAACUCAAAAUCAAUUAAAGAAACGUAAAGCAUUGGCCAGUUGUUUAUACAGACUUUUUUUUCUUGAAUCACGAUCUAUACGAUCCUUCUAUUAUGAUUUCAACGAAGACGAGGAUUUUUGGAACUCAAUUCCCAGAGAAUGUUCGACUAAAUUGCUCUUAAGGAAUCUAAAAGAAUUAAGGAUUACUGGAUUUUCUAAUCAACAAACCUUUUUUGAAAAUUUGGCUCAAGUUUGCCAUUCUAUUCGCGGCAUUUCAAUCUCGAGCUCUCGUUCGAGCCACAUAGAAAAUGAUAAUAUGGCAAAAACAAUCAGAAAUGCAAUUAAGGCACAAAACGAGCUGCAAUGGCUUCAAUUAAGAAAUUUAUCCAAUACAAAUGUCAAACUUAUCUGCAGCACUCUUUAUUCGGCAUCAAAAACCUUACGAGCAAUCCGAUUUGAUAACAUUAACUUUAAUAGCUUAAGAACUGAAACCGUAAUCGAAGGAAUGAGUCCUUGUGUUAAUCUUCUUUGUCUGGAGUUUUCAAAUUGCACAGGGAUAGAUCAACAAUCUUGGAUCGAAACUGCGAAAUAUCUGAAGAGAUUAGAAUGUUUAACAAUCAGAAAUUCAUGGUUAAUACCACUUGAUUUUGUAAAGCAAGUAGUUAUAACUAGUGGCGAGAAUCUUCAAUAUCUCAGACUUGAAAGUUCGUUUCAUCGUACGAUCGCUAAUAAUUCUAUCAACAUUGAGCUUCUUUCGACACUUUCUCAACAUUCACAUAAUUUCCGUGCAAUCAGUUUGACAGGAUUGGAUGUUGUGAGUGCUAUCUUGUUAAUAAAAUUGUGUCCAGAACUCGAACAUCUGGAUAUUUAUACAGCAAAUUUACAAAUGACAUUUAACAAUUUGAUUGGAAAACUUUCAGCUUCAGUCAAUUCUAUUGGAAUCCAUCUUACAUCAUCUAGUCAUAAUACCGCUUUAUCCGAAAAUUUUCAUAAAGAAAUGGCCUCUAACUGCGGUCUUAAAUUAAGUGGUUUACCUGAGCAAGACA